AUGACAGCGCUUCAUCAGAGUGUCGCAUGUGCUUAUCGUCCUCGUGUGCCCAUCACUCGGGUGUGACCUCUUGGCGCCCAGCGCGGCAGCGACGAAAAAAGGGCGCGAUUGUCACGGGUGAUCGGUGUUCCGAUCAAUCUGGCAGAUGCUCGCUGACGUUGUGCGGGCUUGCGCAAGCAAACCUGCAUAUGGUGCGACUGUUCGGUCGGCCAUGAACGUCACGUCUGAAAGAAGCAAUCUGGAUGAAUGUGCAGCGAUCCACGAAUGUGGAAACCUUACAUGGCAGAUCGUCGGUUCCGAGUAUGAUUAA